AUGGACCAUACAGCAAGAGAUGUAUGGGCAAUUCCACAGUCGUCAGGCAUCUCUCCACGCCCCGCCCACCAACCGACGUCAUCUGCCACGUCCUCAACCUACAGUAACCCUCACGCCCCGCCUCCUCCUCCUCCUCCUCCAUCUACAGUACCCCCAACCGCCGCCGCCCCAUCAGCUACAGUAACCCAGAACAACUCGGAAAACGUGGAUUUGGCGGCGAAAUGCCGUCGAAACGGGUCGAGCAACGGGAAUGGAGACUACAAUUCGGAUGACGAGUAUCGGGAGGAGCAUCAGAGAGAUGACGCGCUGGAAGCCGAUUUCGCCGACCGUCUCGCCCGUCGCGGCCUCAUCAUCAAGGAGAUGGAGGGCGACGGCGCGUGCAUGUUUCGAGCGAUCGCUGAGCAGAUCUAUGGGGAUCAGGAGAUGCACGGACAGAUUCGGCAGCUGUGUAUGGACUAUAUGCUCAGGAAUAGGGACCAUUUCAGAGAGUUCAUCACGGAGAACUACGAGAACUACAUAGAGAGGAAACGGGCGGACCAUGUGCACGGGAAUCACGUCGAGUUGCAGGCCAUUUCCGAGAUGUUCGCGCGGCCGGUGGAGGUUUAUCAGUACAGUGAUGAGCCCAUAAACGUAUUGAUGCCACGUCCCGACGCUGAAGUCAUCCCUCCAGUGGGCGGACCCAAUGAAGUGGGCGGAGCCAAUGCGGAAGGGGGCGGAGCCUCGGCUGCCCCACCACAACAGAAUCCGCCACUUCGUCUGAGCUACCACCGGGCGGUGCACUAUAAUGCUAUCCUCGAUCCGAAGGUGCCAACGAUUGGCGUGGGCCUAGGCCUGCCUGGAAUGGUCCCCGGCGCAGCUGAUAAGGAUUUGAUGACGAAAGCGAUGGCCAAGUCGGAAUUGGAGCAUAUCGAGGAGACCAUGUUACAGGACAAAAUGGAUUUGACGGAUUAUCAACGAACGCAAGCGGACCUGGAAGAUCAAAUCGCUCGCGAAUCACUGUUGACGUAUUUGAAGGAUUUGGAAUCCAAGAGUGGACCAUCCACAAGUCAGCAAUCCACGUCAUCAGGAGGCGGCGGAGAAGUGGGCGGAGCUUCGACUGGCGGAGGCAGUUUGUAUGAGGAAAUGUUGGCCGCGCAGAGUUUGGAAUGGGACACGUACGCCUACUCUGAUGACGUGCCGAUCGCCGAAGCGCUUCUCGUCAGUCAACAGGAUUUUCUAGCGAAAAACUCCCAGCAACCGGGACCAUCUGGAUCGAAAUAA